CCAUGCAUGAAGCCACGCUGCUGGCACUCUGUUGGUUCACUUGUUCCAGACAUGUUUUCUCCAGUCAUGAUUCGAGUUUCUGCACCAGCGUUUGUGUUGCUGCUGUUUGUGCUGUUGGCUGUGCUGAAGCCCAACUCUGGAGACGGUUUAUUAAGAAAACGAAGCUGCGUUUUUAUUCCCCCUAGGAAACUAAGGGAAAAUCAAGACUACACUAAUUUGUGUAUUGGCAAGGCCUCCUCAGAUUAUGAAAAUGUUGUCUUCUCCCUGAAAGGCGUCGGGGCGGACCAGUAUCCCUUCAACGUGUUUGUGAUUGACCCUCAUACUGGGUGCAUCCGUGUGACCCAAGUUCUUGACAGGGAAGUCAUUCAUUUUUACGAUCUGACAGUUGUUAUUAGGCUCACUAAUGGCACCAUUGUAGAAGAAUGGACUCUCCCUAAAUACGUGAUUGUAGAUGAGAAUGACAACCCUCCAGUGUUUGGGGAAAUCAAGCCUGGUGAAGUGGAGGAGCUCAGUCCUGAAGGUACAUUUGUUAUGAAAGUCACAGCAACUGAUGCUGAUGAACCAUGGAAUCCCAAUUCUGAGAUUGUCUACACCAUCAUAGAUCAGAAUCCACCUGAUGACCGGUUCUACAUUAACAGAGAAGAUGGCUCCAUCUAUGCUAAGAAGCCUCUUCUGGAGAGAGAGAAAUGUGAUCAGUAUAUUCUGACUGUAAGAGGCCAAGACCUAAAUGGUGCACCAGGUGGAAACAGUGCAACUGGCAGUGUUACUAUUUAUGUCUGUGACGUGAACAACCACCUUCCCACUCUGGAAAAAGAGCAGUAUGAGGGAAGCAUCGAGGAGAACACACAAGGUGUGGAGGUGAUGAGGCUCAAAGUGGAGGACCUGGAUCUGAAGGGCACAGAUAACUGGGCAGCUGUGUUUGAUAUUGUCAGAGGCAAUGAGGCCGGAUAUUUCAGCAUUAUAACAGACCCCAGAACCAACGAGGGCAUCUUAAUGCUCGACAAGCCUGUGGAUUACGAGGAUGUGAAGACCCUAAAAUUGGAGUUAGCUGUAAGGAACAAGGCCCCACCAUUUAAUGGAUCUGAGACAUCUGGAACUGGAUGUUUUGCAUCAUUGCGGCAACGGGGAGAAAAAAAUAAAAUCUAUGCAGUCAAAAUCAGUGUGAAGAACCAGCCUGAGGGGCCACUGUUUGAUCCCAAAGUCAAAGCUGUUGCCAUCAGAGAGGAAGGCACCUCAUUCAACAUUAUGGAUGCUAUUGCUAGCUACCCUGCAAUAGAUGAAGAUACCAGAGAACUAGCUGAGAAUGUCAGGUAUGCCAUAGGCUCAGACCCUGGCAGCUGGCUGACUAUUGACCCAGAGACAGCAGAGAUCAAACUCAAGAGGAUACCUGACAGGGACUCUCUACACCUGGUCAAUGGGAUACAUAUUGCUGAAGUACUCUGCAUUACAAAAGACACACCUACUAAAACAGCCACUGGCACCAUAGCCAUCCAGGUGGACAAAUUUAAUGACCACUGCCCGAUCCUGACCAGUCACAUCCAGACUAUAUGCUCCAUAGAUGAAGCUGUAAUUGUGAGUGCUGCUGAUGAGGAUUCAUAUCCCAAUGGCCCUCCCUUUAAGUUUGAGAUCAUCCCAGAAGGCACUGAAGGAAAAUGGCGCAUGGCGCGUAUCUAUGACACUGCGAUUAUCUUGCUGGCUCAGGAGCACAUGUGGCCUGCUGUGUAUAUGGUGGAACUAAUGGUAACAGAUCAGCAGGGAAAGGCCUGUCCAGAACCACAAAAAUUCUAUGUCAGAGUUUGCACCUGUAAGAAUGGAGUUGUGUGCGGAAAUCGAAUUCGCAAAAAACAGCAAAUCAAAAGGUUCCAAUUAGGACCUGCAAGCACUGGGAUAAUUGUACAGGCUGCACUGCUGCUGCUAUGUGUUCCUCUGUUGCUGACCUUCUGCCAUUGCUGAUAUGCUGCAAGGGAUUUGGCCCCUGUAAAUAUUGUUGGGCUUAAAUCCUUUAGGAAUGGCCCCAGAAUAUGUCACCCUUACUGUGGCUACAGAAACUCUGAGUCCUGGGACAAUGUUACACUCAGGUGAGUAAUCUGCUGAUCUGUAGCAAAGGCUCAACAGAUUUUCAAUGAAAAUAACUGCAUAAAGGACAAUAUCUUAUUGUAUGAGAACCAGGCCUCCUCUGUGGGCUGCUGCAGCCUUUUGGAGUCAGAUAAUAAUCUUCAAUUCCUUGAAGACCUCAAACCAAAGUUCAAGACUGUUGCAGAGAUGUGUAGAGACAAUACAUACAUACAUAUAUUAAAAUAAAUAAGUAAAUACAUUCUAAUGCCAAAUAUUUCUUACCUAAUAUAUUUAACGUUGAACUUUUUCAUUUUUUUUCACUGUUGUAAGUUUUAGUUUCUGUCAAUUGCAUUCUGGGAUUCCUGUUUUUAUUGCGUCAUUAUUCUUAUAGAUUAUGAGUUUUAGUUCUGGUAAUAAUGAGUCUCGCUGUUUUAUUUUAUGGUUUCUAUUGAGAACUUUAGUUUGGUGAUAUCAGUAGUUUUGCUCCCUAUAUGCCUCACCAUGAGUGUUCUGAUCGUGUUGUGUUUACUUUUUCAGUACUGUCAGUUUUUCAUAUUUUUGAACUUUUGUUACCUUCUUGAGUCUUCUUAUCUGCAGUUGAAGCUUGCUUUUCCACUUGAUAUUCUGCCUUCUGCAUCCUGUAUUCUUGGCCCUUGAAAACUGUGAUCCACAGCUAGCUGCACAGCCUGAUUUCCCCAUUGCUUUUAUCAAUGCUAAGACCUCAGCAUCAGGUUCAGUGAGUGCCCAACAGCUGUUCCCUUCAUCCAUGGAAAAUGCUAUUGGAUUCAGACCGCCUUGUUCAGGGAGGUUCUCUACAACCCAAAGGCCUUGCAGGAUCUAAGAGUCCUGAUGGCUGGAGAUCCAACACCUAAAACAUUAUAUUACAGUCAACUUUUCACUUCUCCAAUUAUGAAAUGACAAGAAAAACAAUAAGCUGAUACUCCAAAUUGAUCCCAGCUGACCUGAUGGUUUAUGAAUUAAAGGAUGCAAUAACUUAGUAGAGGUUUGACUAAAUGCUGCCACAAAAGCUUGAAAGGAUGUGGUCUCAUGUGCCCAGGUGAGCUGAGAACCUUUUGUUUGAGCACUCAUCAAACCAUUCAGUCACUCCUGUUGUCCAGUGGAUGAUGCAUAGUUGUUAUAGAAGAGACCACUUCCUUCAGGAUAGAAAUCAUUUGUCAGCAUAAAGGCAAUUAUUCAGAACAACUCACUGAUUUUCAGUCAUUCUUCCCUCUGAGAAGGAAGGUGGUCCCAACCCAAUGAAGCAAAAUGCCCCCCACAGUAUAACAGAACCAGCAGUUGCCCAUUGCACCAUAGAGGUCAAACAGUGUCAUGUAAUUACUCACCUCUCUGUCUAUGAGCUUUACUUGAGCCGCUCUUAUCACAUGUAUGCACUGUAUUAUGUAAUCAUAGCAGGUAUAACUGAUGUUUAGGUCAUCACUGGUUCUAUUGUCUUCUAUUUUCUUUUAAAUUUAUGUACUGUGUGUGUUUUAUACCAACAAAAGACAUUAAAAUCUAUGGGUU